UACCAAGUACGGAAAAUCGCUCGAAGAAGUUAUGAAGUUUCUCACUGCAAUAUGCGUGUUGUUCGCUCUUCUCGGUGUUUCGUUGGGCUUUAAGAAUCGCAUUUGUUAUCAGAGCCAUUCUGCGGAUGGAGACGGAAUUGUAGGAUGUUAUGCCUCCAUACCGCAGUGGACGUACAAUUUUCUGGCCAAUGAAUGCAUCUUCUUCAUCUACGGAGGCUGCGGUGGCAAUGAGAAUCGUUUUUGGUCAAAAUGGGAAUGUGAACUGAAAUGCAGAAUCUAAGCACAAAUAUUGUUUAUCAGUUGAUAUGUGAAAAUGCAUUUUAUAGUCAUUAAUAGUUUCACUUUAAUAAUCUGUAUUAGGAGAAAGGGAUAGGGUAGGAUGUGCUACGGGCCAUAAAAGUUGUGAAGCAACCCCAAAAUAUUUGGAUUUGGAAGAGCAUUAAAUUACUAUUGGAUUUUGGCAAUCAUACAAAUGCAGAGAAAAAUAGAUGAAUCUAGAAUCACGUUUAUAUUCCCUGCAAGUCCUGGUGGCUAUUUUUAUUAAGACAAGGAUCUCUGAAAAUAGAGCAACUAAAAUCAUAGAACUUUGUGAAAGGGAAAGUGUAUGUAGCGUUGAGUUUCAGACAGUUUCCUAGACUCGAGACAUCGAAAUGAUGAGCUACUGUUGAGCUGUAAAUUACCUUCAGAUAUUGGGUCAUAAGCUGAGUCACCGAAAUAAAAAUGGAUGUAAUAAUUA